GUGCGUAUUAUUUUUUGGCGAAAUGUCUAACUCGGCUGCGACAGCGAGAAUAAAUACACAAAAACAGACAUUAGAAGAUGCCUAUUCACCUCCGGCUAAUUUCCUGGAAAUUGAUAUGUGUAACCCUCAAACACAUGGGGUUGGAAAGAAGCGUUAUACAGACUAUGAGUUGCGAAUGAGGACCAAUUUACCCGUUUUCAAGUUGAAGGAGAGUACCUCGAGACGGCGCUACAGUGAUUUUGAAUGGUUACGUAAUGAACUCGAGCGGGACAGUAAGAUUGUGGUUCCACCGUUACCUGGUAAAGCACUCAAGCGACAGCUGCCUUUCAGGGGGGAUGAUGGCAUUUUCGAAGAAGAUUUCAUAGAAGAAAGACGGAAGGGAUUAGAACAGUUUAUUAACAAGGUGGCUGGUCACCCUCUGGCACAGAAUGAGAAGUGUCUGCACAUGUUUCUACAAGAGCCUGUCAUUGAUAAGAAUUAUGUUCCAGGAAAGAUUCGAACCACGUGAUUUGGUACAACUGUUGUGAAGUGCUGAUAUUGGUGUCGUCAGUGAGAGAGUACUCGGCUUGCUGAAACACUGGACAGUAUACAGAUGUUGUUAAACAUGUUACUUUAACACUCCAAGUGAAUAGCCAAAUACAAAUAAAAUUAACAUCUUUUUAAAUAGUCUUGCUGCAGUACUAUCGACUGUCAUUAAAUUCAUACAGUUGUAAAUUCCAUGUACUCUGUACAAUUAGUAUAAAAUAGCAAACUCAUUUUGGUUCACAGUUGUGAUUUUUGUUUAUCCAUAUAAAAGAAAGCAAGCAUUGCCGAAUGGUUAAAUGUUCAUUUGCAUCAUGUUGACAAGUGUUGCAGAAGACUUGAAGGGUCAGUUUGUAUCUGAAUGGAAUUCAUUCAGUGAAUUGUAAGGUAUAAUAAAACAUAUUCAUGCUAAUUUUCUUGUUUUAUUGCUCUUGUUUUUCUUUCAGUAGUUCACUUAAAACUAUUAUUUGUACUGGACAUUUUUGUGUAUUAUUUAUCUAUUCUCUUGGAGCCAAAUUAAAUAAUCAUUUUAAAAAAGUAUUUUUGUCCCAAAAUACUUUAAGCAGUGGAUCAAAUGUGUAUUCAUAAAUAUGUAUAUAUUCUCUACAGAUUGAUGAACAUGUGUUGUAUUUAUUUUUUAUUUGUGGCACAUGAUGGUGAUUAGUUGGACCUCUGUACAUACUGAGUCUUAUCAACAGUCACACGUUUGAUUUUCAGUGUAUACUUGCAGACCAGUGUCUGCAUCAUUCAAUUUUAUUUUACAUAUUUACAUUUUUGUCUGUAGUCUUUAAUUAUUUUUUUUAUAUAUAUAUAUAUACAGGUUAUUAUUAUUGCUUUCUUAUGCUAACUUAUUUUGAAUGCUGAAAAGUGUUUGAGACAGACUGUCUUUUUUUUUGUCAAAUAUUGUUUUCAGAAAAUACUUCAACAAAAAUCGCAUGGUUUAUUUUAGGAGUUUACUUUUGUAUAAUGUUUACUCUAGUAAAUUAUUUUAUUAGACUGCAUAUUCUUACACAUAACAGUGAAUUAUUAAUUUUAUUGUCCUGUAAAGGCUGUAUAAUUACAAUUUACUUAUAUUUGGAUAAUAUUUUUUUAAAUUUACAAAAGUAGUGGAUGAUAUUACAUACUGUAAAACAUAAAAGUAAUGUGUGUAUAAAAGAAUGCAAGAGCAAAUCCUACCCAAAAGAGAGUCUUUUAAUUAAUGCAAGGAAUACAAUUUAGUUAACACAAUGUAUAGUUAUCAGUGCGAUUGUGUCCACACCUCAAUAUAAGAAAUUAUGUGGUCUUUUUUAUCAUUGAAACAAAAUGAAACUCAAAAGUUGUUUAUCGUCUUUGAUGUGUUUAUAACUUAUAGAUGUGAGAGAUGUUCACAGUAAAACUUGUUUUUUUGUCCAGCUGACUUAUUGGCUGUUUAAUGAUACUAUAUGCUUUAAAACUUUAACAAUUCAGUGUUGUGGUUAAAAUUUUACUUUGGGUUAUUUUUACAAAUAUGUGUGCUGAAAUUUAUGUGUCUGUUGCCAUCUCACAUUUUCGCAUUAAUUUGUGUCGCACAUUAAUUUCAUGUUUUACAGUAUUUUGAUAAAUUGCAAAUCAAGUAAUUCUAAUAGUAAUGUUGGUAUUAAUGUAAAAAAAAAGUAAACAAAAGUAAACAGUUAAGUUAUUUAGAGACCUAAAUGCUCAAAAGUUAAAAGCAAACACUUGAUGUCUGCUUGGAAUGAGAACAUUCUGCCAGUAGCAAUAGCCCUGCCUUUACUGUUUUUUUUAGUAAAUUGUUCAAUGUCGGGCCAUCAAGCUGCCAGGUUUUUAUUACAGACUACAUUAUUAUUAUUUAUCUGUUGAGAAUUGAGUGUGUAGCCAUUAAAGGAGAAAUGUUGAAGUCUGCCAAGUCUACUAGUUGUUUUUCCAGAGAUAAAUCUUUGCCAUUCAGCUUGUUAUUCGUGGAACACAAGUCACUAAUAUACACAUCUAAGGGCUGUUGUAGAAAUAUAUUUCAUUAUAUAGGUCUACUGCCCACAAUGUUUUAGGGGGAGGUGCGGGGGAAUAUUUUAGCUGAAACAAAUUUUUGUUUUAAUCUUUGCUAAAAAAAAGGGUUAAAAGUCUGCAAAAACUAAUCCAUAAACAUCUAAUUUAGUUUUUCACAUAGACCCACUAUAAAACAAUACAUGUAAAAGAUUGGCCGUGCAUGUAAUACCUGUAUUGGUGAGUGAGCUCUCAUUUCAAUGAUACAUCAUGAUCAGCUAAGCCUGGUGGGUGGUUGGUUCAUAUCCCAGUACAGAUUACAUUCCAGUUUACGUUAGUAUUGUGCAGAGUGUAAGGCCUCAAAAUUGACUCACACACCACAAGCCACAGUCCAGGACAAACAACUCCGGUGGUAAAUAGGCAUUUGAGUUUUAACUACCUGCACAUUCACAUUAAGUACAGAUAAGUCUUCCUCUUUAUUUUUAAAUAAUAAUGGUCUUUUUAGCAUUUGAAUGUAUAAUACUGUUAAAUUGUUACAUUUGUUUUGCAUGAAAAUUAUUAAAGAUAUUUAUGAUUUGUUUUAUUCUCCAAGAGUGAGGGUCAUAAUAGUCUCAAACGAGCUGUAUACAUUUCAAACUGUGUGCACACUUAAUGUAAUAAUUUGUUAUUGGAAGAUGGAUGUGCAAACAGAUAUACAUAGUAGCACCCCAUAAAUAUGUGAACUGACAGCCGUACAUACAUGUAGGAUACUGGCUUCUAUUCAGUGACCAUGUCGGUGUCGGUAACAGAUAUACAUAAUAGCACCUCAUAAAUAUGUGAACUGACAGCCGUACAUACAUGUAGGAUACUAGCUUCUAUUCAUUCACCAUGUCGGUGUCAGUAACAGUUUCUAGAUUAAUCAUCUUUUAACACUUGGGUCUUCUCAAAGUGAUUAUGAAUGUUUCUUUAAUCAUGAGCUUAAUGCUUAAUUCAAGUCAGCACUUUAGUUUUAACUAUUGCAUAUGUUAAUGACCUGUUUAAAUCACAGACAUUGCCCCUUUAAUCAUUGACGUGUGGAUGUUGCUAGUUACAGGAAAAGGAUUUAUUAGUGAAAGUAUACAGUGAUUUGUUACCAAUCCGGUCUUUCAUUUUUAAAAAGCCAUGAGUAAAAGUUCACCCACCAUAAAAUGUUACAAUUGUAUUUGUCCCUCAAAAGUCUGCAUGUGGUUGCUCAUGUGUCCAUUAUGUAUCAAAUAAAAUCAUUGGUGUAGUAAUGUCUCUGUAGCUUGGUGAAUGUGUUUAUUGUUUAACUGUGUCAAGUCUAGUACAUAUACCAAAAUAAGUUACACAAUAUAGUAUCUAACUUGAUUACCGGUAGCAGUUGAUGCUGACAUUAGGUACUUUUGGUGAUAAACUGCAAGUUCUUAGUAAAAUGUGUUGCUAUAAAACAUGAUAUAUAUAUAUAUAUAUAUAUAUAUAUAUAUAUAUAUAUAUAUAUAUAUAUAUAUAGAUAUAUAUAUCAACAGAAAUGUGUAAAUUUAGUAAAUGUAUAAGACGUAUAUUUCAUGUAGAUUAAUUUGAAACUUCAUCUCAGGAAAGUGAAUAAAAUGUAUAUCUUAAAUAGACGCUUGUUAAAUUUGUUAUAUUACCCAGAUUUUUAAAAAAGAAAUGUAAAAGUUACAUGUAUACUAAAUAGUGUACAGAACAUAUUCUCGCUGUUUUUACAGAUGUAGUAUGAUGAUAUUACAAAUGUCUCAUAAACGACAGAUAUUAACACAAGUUCAUUCAUCAGUAACAGGAAAUACAUGUAAACUUAGCAUUUUUGAAGUUGUGGUUUAGCCUCCUAUUUUAUAAUAUUUCUUGUUAAAAACAACAACAGAACUUCAGUGUAAUACAUGUGUUUUCACUAUUAACUUGUAUAUUCAACUGUCUUGUCAUCAACAAGUCUGUUGCCAUUAUUUUAAAUACCGUACAUUGUUAUUUAAACUUGGGAGGUGUCCCAUAAUUUGAGUAUCGAUGGUGAUGUAAUGCAUAUUCAUGUGAUCUAUAUUAUCCACUGAAUCAGAAAGAAAAUUAUGAUGGAUUCAACAAUUAAACAAAAAUAUACUAAAGGUUGAAGUUUUCAUGCCAAAAGGCUAGUUUGGUAAAUACCCCCCAAAAAACCCCGCAAAUUAGAUAUGGCACUACUACUAGAACCGACAUUGAUAUACUUUUUUAAUUAUCAGAAGUGGUAUUUUGUACAAAUGUAUUAUGUAUAUACCUAAACUAUUCCAAGAAGUGAUGUUUUAAUAAAGUAUAAAACAGUGCGAGUGCUCAUUUAAUAUUAUGUGUAUUAAAGUGCUCAUUGUGAAUGUGAAGCCAUGUAGUGGUCCCUGCUAACUGCAUGCCACUGUCGCUGAAUAAAGUCUAUACGCUGUG